UAAUUGUUUCGAUCUUUGGAGAUGGUCUUUAACUUCACCUUCUCUUCUAAUCGUUUCAUUUAAUAUUAAAAACUGAAUUUUUCUGAGUGCAGGAAGAAAAAUUUUGUAACAGAAAAAAAAUCGAAAUAUUUUAUUAAAUAUUGGGGGUAGGGGACAUCAACAACGCCAUCUUGCUUCCCCUCCAAACUAUCCUAGAGGUGGAGUUCAAGUACAAGCAGUGUAAAAUUAUCAUUUGUAUAUCCGCAUGAAAACUUAUUCAUUGUCAGAUUUAUUUAAAUUUGUUGAUUUAAAUAUCAAAUUGUCGAAGUUCGUAACAAACUAAAGAAGAAUGCAAGCUAUUAAAUGUGUAGUGGUUGGUGACGGAGCGGUUGGUAAGACCUGUCUCCUCAUCAGUUACACAACAAAUGCAUUUCCUGGAGAAUAUAUACCUACUGUCUUUGAUAAUUAUUCUGCCAAUGUGAUGGUGGAUGGCAAACCUAUCAAUCUAGGUCUCUGGGAUACUGCUGGUCAGGAAGAUUAUGACAGAUUAAGACCUCUAUCAUAUCCUCAAACGGAUGUAUUCCUGAUCUGUUUUUCUCUAGUUAAUCCAGCUUCAUUUGAAAAUGUUAGAGCAAAGUGGUAUCCUGAAGUGAGUCACCAUUGCCCGAAUACGCCGAUCAUCCUAGUGGGUACGAAGCUAGAUUUAAGAGAAGACAAAGAGACUAUUGAGAAAUUAAAGGAACGGAAGCUCGCACCCAUCACCUACCCACAAGGACUGGCCAUGGCCAAAGAGAUCGGGGCCGUUAAAUACCUUGAAUGUUCUGCACUCACUCAAAAGGGCCUAAAAAAUGUAUUCGACGAAGCUAUACGUGCCGUCCUCUGCCCCCAACCCAAACCUAAAAAGAGGAAACAUUGCAUUCUCCUGUAACAUUGCCGCUCUAAACCAAAUUUAAAAAAGAAACUGUUCUGUUGUUAAGGCUUAUUUAACUAUAUUUUUGCAAUCAUCGAGUUUGUUAACUUUUAUGUAUAUUUACAUAUAUUUUCUGUAGAAACUAAUGAUGCUCCGCUUUCAAUAAUAAUUAACUGUAAAAUUUAAUCCUGUUUUUUGUUUUUGUUUUAUCCAUCUUGCAGUGAAGAGCUAAACAGGUGUCCUUUCGUUUUAUUACGUUAACGUUUGCAGGGGUCUGUCUAGGUUUUUUUUGAGGGGUACCUAUUUUGUGAAAAUUUAGACAUUAAUUUGUAAAAAUUAAAAAUCAACACCAGAAUAUGGUAAAAUAAGAAACUAUUUUCAAAAGUUGUCACUAAAAAUAAAAAUUAUUUAUGACUGGAAAGUUUCUAUAUAUUUUCUCCCAUCAUUGUCUAUAGUUAAAUUUCAACUUGAAUUUAUUAAAAAUAUGCAUUUAACAAUACUAACACUAAAAGUUAUUUUCAUUUUGAGGACAAAAAAAAAGUUUCACAGAAAUUUUCACAGGAAAAGGCUCACAGAAAAAAAAAGAAAAAAAUUUUCAUGAAAAAUAAAGUUUUGUUAGAAUAAAUUUACAAUAGUGUUUAAGAUAAUGCUCGAAUGUUUAUAAUUAUGUUCGAAUUUUGACUUCCUGUGAUGUUUAUAGGGGGCGCAUCGUUUUAUUUAUAAAAAAAAAGCUCGCUUUGAUAUGGCAAAAGCGACUAGUUAGGCAUACCACAUUACACUAUCUGACCAAGCACGUGCUACGUUUUCGUAAAAGACAGCUGCCAGAAAAGUUCUUUUCCCAUAGAUUGCAAGGAGAACGAAGUUUGCAUUAGAACUUGCUUUUUAUAAAGUAUUUUCUGAAACUGCCGUUUUUCCUAAAGUUGAAUUUGUGAAGGUACCACCAAACAGUAGUAAAUUUACCCUGGACAGACCCCUGGUUUGAGUUCUGACACAUAUUAUACCGAGUAGCCCUCACAUGUGAGCGAGGUUUUGAAAUAUCCUCACAGUAUUUAGCAAUACUUACCAUUUUGUAUUACGUCGUUUGGGCGUUCUACAGUAUUCUGUGCUUUUGGGGAGGACUGUUAACUGUAUAAAUGAUGGGCACAAACAGACUGCGCAGAUGGCUGACGCUUCCGCAGUAAUAUUUAAGGGUGCUCAACCCUUCAUUUUGAAGCUUAAAAACUAUUUAGUUAUAAUUAUCGUUAUGCUAUUUUUGAAUUUAUUGAUUGUGAGUUAUUAAGUAUGAAUUUGUAACAGUUUAAAUGUUUGUGGUUAUAGAUUUUGACUAUAAUGUAUAGUAUUCUUCAAGUUUUUUUUCCUUCCUGCUACUAAAAGUUCUUUUAUAUUGUAUAAAACUUCUUAAAAGUCAACAUGUUUUUUAACAACUUUUUGAUAAGGGUUUAGAAUCAUUAUGCAGUAAAACCUCAAAAAUCCAGACUGCUCGGGGGGUUUGGGAUGUCCGUAUUUCGGAAAAAUUACACAUUUUAGAUAUUUUUAAGGAGAUGUCAAAGUUUCUGGUCUGUCCUAGUAUUUUGAUGUGAUAGUACAAUACGUGAAUUCCGAGACAUGUUGAGUAAAUAUUUCUUUCUGUUUCAAAUUGCCUCAUUAGUAUCGAUUAAAUUGUAAUUUUUUCAUUUUUUUAUAUUUUAUUUAUAUUAAAUUUUUUAUUUAUUUUUUGCAAUUAUUACUACACAUUUCUGCAUGAUGUUUAAAAUCCCAAUAUUUUAAUUUAUCCCAAUAAUUAUUAUAACAACUCGAGAAUUUUGAAUAACACGAUUGGCAUAUAAUAUUUUCAGCAGUAAUUGCUGUGGAUUUUUUAAAGUUCUUUAAUUUUUUUUAAUAGUACAAUAAUGUUACAACCUGCGUAUUUGUGUAGAUUUGCUUUACGCACUGAUUUCAGUGUCAAUUUGCCUGAUUUUAUAGAUAACUUUUUCAACAGAUGUAUUUUCAUGCGACCUUUAAAAUAGAUUUUUAAUGUGGUAUUGUUACAACACGAGGUUUCCACAUUUUGCCUCGAACAUAAAAUUUAAUUCUUUUUUUCUUUUUCUUUCUCUCCAAGAAUUUAACAAAAAUAAUCUGGAUUUUGGUGGCUUCCGGAUAGCUGAACUCCAGAUUUUCGAGGUUUUACCGUAUUAUCAAAAUUCUUCUUUUGCUUAUACAUGUCAUGUACAGUUUAAAAAAAUUAUAUAUUUUAGAUUUUGAUUGCUCAAUAAGAAAUUAAAAAGCUAAUGUUAAGCUGUUAGCUAGAAAUUGUCGAGAUAUGAAUUUCUUUUCCCCAAAAAUAAUUUGCUCUUUACAGUGCUGUUAGUGUUUAUCCUUUGUUUUUUUUUUAAUAGAACUUUUUGAAUUUUUAUAUCUGAUACACACUUGUAAAUUGUCAUUCACAGAUGUACAGUUAUUUGUUUGUGGUUUGCUAUUAAAUAACUUUAUUUCUUGUUAUGAAGAUGAACUUGUUAUCUUGACUAUGUUAGUUAAUUUUUUCCUUCCUUGUGUAUAAUUGCUAAACUAAUGUGUAUGUGCCAUUCUCCAAUGCCCCCAACAUGUAUAAUGUAUCGAUUUCGAACGCCACUACCCCGCAACAUAUCUGCUGAUUCCAAGUUUUAUUAUUUUAAAAUUGUAUCUUUACAUGUAUAUUUGGAGCAUGAUCCAAAGAUAACAAGUCAUUACUGAAAAUCUGCUUGGAGAUUCCUAUUUCAUGAAUUAGAACUUGAAGAAUAAUCUUCAAGAUCUGGUGUCCUUUCAACAGGUUUGUAAAAAAAAUUUUUAAAUAAAAAAAAAUCAUGGAAUAGAGCCAUUUUGUAACCAUGUCCUGAUACAAGCCAUUAUACAUCCUUUUUUUAAAUUGUUCUAAAUGAAAUUAAAUGGGAAUUUUAAUUGAUGCCAUGGCAGUUUCAAUUGCUGCAAACAAGUAUUGAUAUGGAGAUAUCUCCAAAUCUACAAAUAUAAUUCAUUUUUAAGUUAUUGGAACAAAGUGUUUGGAUUUUGAUCCUUAAAUUUUUUGAAAAAACAGAAAGCAAACAUUACUUUAAACAAUGUUAAAUGCAAAAAAAACCUCUUAAAUUGUUUAAAACUUUUUUAUUUAUAGUUUAACUCUCUUGUCGACCUACAUUAAAUUCUAUUCUUUUUUUUAGCUAGAACCUCAAUUAUAUAAAUAUAUAUGCACUUUUUGAUUUUUCACAAUUUCAUUAACAUGCUGUUCUAAUUCAGCUUUGUAUAUAGAAACUUUUGCAUGACAUAAAGUUGAUGAUUUUAUAAUGUUUGUUGUUAAAUCUGUCUUUUCAUUAUUACCACUAUGGUUUCAUCUUCUAAAAGUAUAUAUAUUAUUUGUGCAAAUAAAUAAUAUUUAUUGUAGAA